CUAGAAGAGACUUAGCCCUGCAGGUUGGCCUCACCAGGUACCCUCUGGUUCCCUGCAGGACGUGGAGCGGGCAGGAUGGGUGUCCAGACAUGCUGAUCUCACCUCAAGACAGCCAGCCAGCAUCCUGGUCAUGGAGGACUGCAGUGUGCACUCGGCUGCCAGCAUCCUGGCCUCGGUGAAGGAGCAGGAGGCACGCUUCGAGCGGCUGACUCGGGCGCUGGAGCAGGAGCGGCGCCAUGUGGCCCUGCAGCUGGAGCGUGCCCAGCAGCCUGGUGUGGGCAGUGGUGGCAUGGGCAGUGGGCAGCCCCUGCCGAUGGCCUGGCAACAGCUUGUCCUACAGGAGCAGAGCCCAGGCAGCCAGGCCUCGCUGGCCACCAUGCCAGAGGCGCCCGAGGUGCUGGAGGAGACAGUGACGGUAGAGGAGGAUCCUGGCACCCCCACCUCCCACGUGUCCAUCGUCACGUCAGAGGACGGCACCACCCGUCGCACUGAGACCAAGGUCACCAAGACGGUCAAGACGGUGACCACACGGACAGUGCGCCAGGUACCUGUGGGCCCAGAUGGCCUCCCCGUGCUGGAUGGCGGCCCCCCGCUGGGCCCCUUCACCGAUGGCCCUCUGGACCGGCACUUCCUGCUGCGUGGGGGCGGCCCUUCUGCCACGCUCUCCCGUGCCUGCAUCAGCAGUGGGGGCGGCUUUCCCGAUGAGCCCCGUGAUGUCCCCAGCUACGGCAGCCUGUCCCGUGGGCUGGGCGUGCGGCCCCCCCGUGGAGGCCUCCAUGGCCCGGGUCCCAGCGACGGCUGCUUCACGCUGCCUGGCCGCCGGGAGGCCUUCCCUGCAGGCUCUGAGCCUGUGCCGCCCGCCGGCCGCUCCCAGCCUGAGCGGUUCCAGGCAGAGCCGUAUGGCUUGGAGGACGACACUCGCAGCCUGGCUGCUGAGGAUGAGGGUGGCCCGGAGCUGGAGCCUGACUGCAGCACAGCCACAAGGAGAAGGCCGGACUGUGGGCGAGGCCUUCGGACCAGGCAUGUGGCAAGAGCAGGCUCUGGGACAGGGGAGAUUACACUGGGCACCCUCCCCACGAGUCUGGAGCGUAAGAAGCUGAUGACAGUGCCCGGUACCUGCUGCCCCUGCUCCAGCCAGAUGGCCAGGAAGACACGGGCCCAGGGGCUCAGCGUGUUUUUCAUCCUCUCCCACGUGCACAGUAGCAGCCAGAAUCCACGCUGGCGGGACCCUGAGCUGCCCGAGGUGCUGGCCAUGCUGCGGCACCCUGUGGACCCCGUGAAGGCCAACGCAGCCGCCUAUCUACAGCACCUAUGCUUUGAGAACGAGGGCAUCAAGCGUCGCGUGCGGCCUCGGGGGCUGCCGUUGCUCGUGGCUCUGCUGGACCACCCGCGAGCAGAGGUGCGGCGCCGGGCCUGCGGGGCCCUGCGGAACCUCUCGUACGGCCGGGACUCCGACAACAAGGCCGCCAUCCGGGACUGUGGCGGCGUGCCCGCCCUAGUGCGCCUGCUGCGGGCUGCCCGGGACAGCGAGGUCCGCGAGCUUGUCACAGGCACGCUCUGGAACCUGUCAUCCUACGAGCCCCUGAAGAUGGUCAUCAUUGACCAUGGCCUGCAGACGCUGACCCACGAGGUCAUUGUGCCUCACUCGGGCUGGGAGCCAGAGCCCAAUGAGGACUCCAAGCCGCGGGACGCUGAGUGGACGACUGUCUUCAAGAACACAUCGGGCUGCUUGAGGAAUGUGAGCUCAGAUGGCGCAGAGGCCCGGCGGCGACUCCGUGAGUGUGAGGGGCUGGUGGACGCGCUCCUGCAUGCCCUGCAGUCGGCCGUGGGCAGGAAGGACACGGACAACAAGUCGGUGGAGAACUGCGUGUGCAUCGUGCGGAACCUGAGCUACCAUGUGCACAAGGAGGUGCCCGGCGCCGACAGGUACCAGGAGGCUGAGCCCGGGCCCCUGGGCAGUGCUAUGGGCUCCCAGCGCCGGAGGAGGGAUGACGCCGGCUGCUUCGGUGGCAAGAAGGCCAAAGAAGAGUGGUUCCAUCAAGGGAAGAAAGACGGUGAGAUGGACCAGAACUUUGACACUCUGGACCUGCCCAAGCGAACUGAGGCUGCCAAAGGCUUUGAGCUGCUGUACCAGCCUGAGGUGGUACGUCUGUACCUGUCCCUCCUGACGGAGAGCCGGAACUUCAACACCCUGGAGGCUGCGGCUGGUGCUUUGCAGAACCUCAGCGCCGGCAACUGGGUGUGGGCCACGUAUAUCCGCGCCACGGUGCGCAAGGAGCGCGGGUUGCCGGUGCUGGUGGAGCUGCUGCAGUCGGAGACGGACAAGGUGGUGCGCGCCGUCGCCAUCGCCCUGCGCAACCUCUCACUGGACCGGCGCAACAAGGACCUCAUCGGGAGCUACGCCAUGGCCGAGCUGGUACGAAACGUGCGCAGCGCACAGGCACCCACACAUCCCGGGGCCCGCCUGGAGGAGGAUACCGUGGUGGCCGUGCUCAACACCAUCCAUGAGAUCGUGUCCGACAGCCUGGACAAUGCACGCUCGCUGCUGCAGGCCCGUGGCAUACCCACGCUUGUGGCCCUGGGCGCCACCAGCCAAUCAGUGCGCGAGGCGAAGGCUGCGUCCCACGUGCUGCAGACAGUGUGGAGUUACAAGGAACUUCGUGGUGCCCUGCAGAGGGAUGGCUGGACCAAGGCGCGCUUCCAGUUGGCUGCUGCUAACACCAAGGGGCCCAAGGCAGCACCGAGCCCCAGUGGCUUUGAUGACAGCACGCUGCCGUUGGUGGACAAGAGCCUGGACAAUGAGAAGCCAGGCAGCCGGGACAUGAUCCCCAUGGAGGCACUUGGGCCAGACGGAUACUCCACUGUUGACCGGAGGGAGCGGAGGGCGCGAGGCAGUGACCCUGCAGGGGAGGCCUCUGAGAAGGAACCAUUAAAAUCCGACACCAGCAGGAAGGCUCCUCCUCCUGGGCCCAGCAGGCCCACAGUCAGGCUGGUGGACGCCGUGGGGGAUGCUAAGCCUCAGCCUGUUGACUCCUGGGUCUAGCUUGCAUGCCUGGGCCUGGGCCCAGCUGGUCGUUCUUAGGAUUUGACCUCGGAAGAAGGGCCGUUGGGGCCCCCGCUGUGGAGCUGGGAGCCCCCUGGCGGCAACUGUCGGCAGGGCCACUCCUCCCGGAGCCUGACAUUCUGGAUGCGCCUCCCUUCCUGCCUGGCUCCCUCCCUCCUAACUCUUCGGAGUUAGUUUACUGACAUGGUGCUGUGUGUGUGUGAGACAGGCUGGCAGGGCGCCCUGCUUUGCUUUGGGGACGACAGGGCUGGCAGAGCCGGAGUGUAUGCACCACUGUGCGCAGGGCACCGAGGAGCAGGGCGGGCCCUGGAGCCCUGCAGCUGAGUGGGGAGGGGGCUCAGGGAACGGACUUUGACCCUGAGCCUGGAGGGUGGAGGGGCUGGCUGCUCUGGGGGCGGCACUCACAGCCUGACCCUGCCUGCCCUCGGAUGUGUGGAGCCCCAUGGCAGGGCCUCCCUGUGCACCUCUGACCCAGGGCCACCAUGCCCUGUCCUAUAGCCAAGCCCUGAGUAGCACCUUGGGGACUGACCUUUGCCAGCAGCAAGGGACUGCUGUUCAGUGCCUGCUGUUUGAGACUUUAAAACAGAAGAACACUGACAAAAAGCAUAAAAAACAGAACCAAAAUGAGACUGUAUUGGUAAACAUCUAAAUUUUUGUAAGAAAAGUUAAAAAUUAAAAAAACCAACAAAC